AUGGCGAUGAUGUUUGGAUUCUCCCAGACCACCGGCAUGACCGGCAUGGUUCCCAUCGAAGGGACCGGCGUCAGGAUUCAUCUAGGCGUGCAGGGAUGCCCUCUUCCAGACCCUAAUGCCUCCCUAAUGAAUGGUGAGGUUACAUUCGAUUUGAGACUCUCCGAUGUGGGUUACGAACGUGUCAGGUACGACGGGAAUCAAACGGGUGACCCUCCAGCCGUGAGAGCCAGGGUCACCGCCGCAGAGGCUGUGGGAUGCGUGUACCAGAUACCUGAGAAGCGACAAGCUGACGCCAUACUUAGCAAUUUAAUGAACGAACUCGUAAAGGUGUAUGUCCGAGCACGUGAAUAUAUACAAGGCAUCAUAAAUGGACGUCGCAAGCACAACAAAAGAUACUUUAUUGUAUCAAUCAAAAACUCCACAUUCUUUGAAGAUAUCUACUUCGAAAUGAUGCAAGAAUUUAAGCAAUUGUAUGGCGAGACAGAGUCUCGAGUGGUGCGCUCGAAAACGCCCUGCGACCAACAGCUGCAACUCCAAAACCUGUGGCGUCAGCUGCUGGAUCGAUCGCUGGCAGCGCUGCAGCGGGCGACGACGCGCUGUGUGGACGAACUGCUGGUCGAGACCUCGCUGAAGGAGAAGAUCCACGCACGCCGAAAACUGAUGCAGUUUCUCGUGGGAGAAAUGGAAAGGAUUCGGUCCUCACAACUGGACCUGCUGUGUGACCAUUUCCAGCUGUGCUAUAACGAGUUGCUCUAA